GCUUUAAUUACUUGACGUCCUGGUCUCCAUUCGAGAUGUUGGCCCCGCCUCAUCGGGAGUUGACUGAGACUGAGGCUCCAUACCCGGACACGGAUUCCGUGAGUGUAGUUUUCUCUCUAGAGGAUCCUGUGCCAACAGUUUCUCCUCCAGGUCAGGAUCAAGCUCAGCUUCUGCAGCGGCCCGAUGUCACUGUUAAACCUGUGGGUCUUGCACUUAUCGUAACUGCAGCGUUCACUAAUGAGCUUGAAACUCCUCCACCCCAACAAGAAACCUCGGCUCAGUCUACAGUGUCCUCUGAGCAGUUGGAACCUUUGUCAGUCUGGCAGGAAUUUUCAGAGCAGCAUCCAGUCCCCUCUGAAAAUGUUGAACUUUUUCCAGUUCACCAAGGAGCCCCAAUUCAACCACCAUACCCCGAGGUGGCAUUUCCAAAUCCAGAGCAAGUUCAGGCUCACCACCCAACUUUGAUUGAGGUCACAAUUCAACCAUUGGACCUUGGACUGACCAGAAGGCCAGAACCCACUAAGGAGGGUGAACCUUCUCCAGUCAUGCAGGAGACCUUAACCCAGCCUGCAGAACCACCUCAGGAGGUUUUUGUAGCUCAGCCUCCAGUAUAUCACAAUCCAAUAGUUCCAACACCGCAUCAGGAUCACACUGAGCCUCCAGCAUCACCCAGUAUCACAGUUAAACCUUUGAACCUGGAGCUGACCACAACUCCAGAACCUACUACAGAGUCUGAACAUUCUACAGCCCGGCAGCAGACUACAGCUCCCCCUCCAAAACACCCUGAGGUGACACUUGCACAACCAAACCUGUCUCAAGUCACAGUUUCACCUGUGGACCUGGGAGUUAACGUAUCUCAGCAACCAAGGCCAUCUGAGACGGUUCCUUUUCCUUCGACUCAGUAUUCAGUAUCCACAGGUCUUCCUGGUGUAAGAUAUACCCCAGAAAAGAAGCAGCCAGGGCAGAAUGCCACCACAAACAUCAGCAUAUGUGAGCUCUGUACCUGCAAAAAUGAGACGCUGUCGUGUGUUGGUCUCAGCCCAAAGCAGAAGCUCCACAGAGUGCCUGAGCCAGAGCCUGACGCCUACAACGGCACCUUCACCAUCCUAAAUUUCCAAGGAAACUCUAUUUCUUACCUUGAUGAAAGUAUAUGGAAGGCAUACCACUGGGCUGAGAAGCUGAUCUUACCUAACCAUAUGGGCUGCUGCCUCUGCCAAUUUAAAGAUAGUAUUGAGGUUGCCUGUAAGACAGUCAAGCUGCGUUGUGACAGUGAAUGCCUGACAGACGUGACACCUUGUGAUGAAGAAACAUCUAUACGGAAUGCAGAAGGAUCGUUGAUGAAGGUGUUACAAGCCCGGAAAAAGAACACCACCACUGAGCUGACUAUUGAGUCCGAGAGGGCGUCGUCAGAUAAAAGUGCUGUCAGCUUGUCAGGCUUCAUGAAUGAGCAGCUGGACUUUAAGAAUAAAAGUGAUAUUAUCAGUACACUAAAUGACAUACUGCCUUAUACCUCAGAGGGAAAUCUCGGAGAUGUGGAAUCAACAUUAUUCCCAUUCAUUCAACUUCUUUUCUCAAAUACACCAGAUGGAGAUAUGCCGCAGGGCCUUUUGAAAGGCAAUACAAGGAGCCCUUCUGUUAAACCUGUACCCAAGAAUUCAACUCAUAAAAACAAAUUGAGGAAACUCCAUUUUGCGGAAAAUUUGUUAGCUGCAGAAACUCAAGAAAAAAUUGAUGAGGUUAAAAAGGAAGAAAAACCUGCCACGCGUACGCAUUCCAACAUUUCAAGUGCCACGUUUAAAAGCUACAUCUUUCAAAAGAAAUUGCAAACUGCCCAACCACAGAAAGACAGCCUCGCAAACACUGAGAGUACAGAGGAAGGGCUGCUGAGAGUGAACAGGGUCCUCAAGGGCCCAAGGGGCAUACAGAAAAUGCACCUCAAAGCAGUGGGAGAUGAGAGGGUCUGGAGGAAACAGAAUGCCCAGCCAUCUGAGGUGAACGCUGCCGAAGAAAGAAGGCUCAGGAGGCCAUCCCCAAGAAAGCUGAAACAGCUCAUGGUGCAGAGUCCCAGGAAGCUGGUGGGAAAGUCCUCCAAUGCAGAGUCUUCAUUCAUAAAGGAACACAAGGCAGCAGGCUCCUCUUCCUGGAAACAGUACUUCAAGGGCAGGCCUUCUGCCUCCAUCCCUCCAAAAUCCCCAUCUGACGUUAAAAGCACAUCAAAAGACUUAUCCAACACUCUUCAUGUUUUAGAGGAUGCGAAGGCUAGAACUAGAAACAUUAAGGACUUCGAACUAAUCUCACAUUCUGGAAAAAAAUACAUCUUCCAUAAAAUUAGGUCUCAUCGGGUCCACAGAAAACCCAAAGGCAAAAGGAGUGGAAAGUUCAGAAAGAAAAGUUCACUCACUAGAAUGAUGCUUGCAAGCCCUCCGUUCUCUGUACUGAGGAGUCUCAUAAAUUCCCCUCCACGAGAGGCUGUUUCAUCUUCAGGAGAAGUGACUUCUCAGGAAAAGCCUUUUCCAGAAUUAUUUUCUCUUUCAGACCCUUCUGCAGAAAACACUACUUCAGAAAUCAAUACUGCACAAAAUGUUUCUGAAGAAAUUAUUUCUACAGGAAACUCUACUCUGCCAGGAGGAACCGGCCCUGGAAACACUACCCAUAGGAACGUGUCCACUGCACAUUCUACUGUUGCUGCAGACAACAGUAUGCCAACUGUUCAACACACCAACCAAACACGAUGGGAGUACCACAACACGGGCACCGAAUUAUCCUCUAAGCCCACAGGCUUCGCUUUCCCAGGGCUCACAUCCCCGGGUGAUCAAGUUGAAACUCAGCUAAACCAGCAGCUACGGUCCCUCAUCCCCAACAAUGACAUGCGAAGGCUCAUUUCUCAUGUUAUCCAGACUUUAAAAAUGAACUGCUCGGAGACCCACGUGCAGCCGGCCUGUGCCAACCUCAUCUCUAGAACAGGCCUCCUGAUGAAGCUUCUCAGCAAGCAGCAAGAAGUAAAUGUGUCCGAAGCGGAGGGGGAUACGGACCAGUGGAAAGCUGACAACUAUAUCAGUGAGAGCACAGAAGCCCAGAGUGAGCAGAAAGGGCAGGAGUCAAGUGAGCUCACAAAAGAAGUUCCAGCAUAUGGCUAUAAGAACAGACUCAUCUUGGCAAUAUCCAUAUCUGCAGUAGUGACGAUUUGGGUUACAAUUCUCUGUCUCAUUGAGACUUAUUCUCACAGAAUCGCAAAAGACGAAGAUAGAAAAAGCAGCAGAAGGGGCUUUUUUCGAUUUCUGCAGCGUAAGAGAAGCUCAGGGGAAAGUGAGAGUCAGGAGGGCGUUUUCGCGACAAGGGGGCCACUUUAUGCCACGGACCUGCCGUAGAAAGAGGAUUUCACCGCCCAGGGUCAGAAGGGAAGGGGUAAGGAACUGAAGUAGCACCGACGAAUGGGGUCAGAAGGACCAAGACAACUGAUGGUUGCAAGACAAAUUUUAUUAUGCUACAGUUGCAGAUUAUAUAGACUAGAAAAAGGGAGGUUUGUUGCCAGAUGGUGGUUUACAUCAUCUAGGGACUGUCUUGGCUUCAAGGUUAACUUCCCUGGGAGGAAACCCAUAAGCCCAGAAUCAUGCAGAAUAACCUGCGUGUGCAGGGGGGAGACAGCUUUGCUCGUCUCAGUUUCCAUUCUUUCUGAUCCCUGGGCCCUGGUGGUUUAUCUCCCGUGGAACGGAACAAGGAGGGGAACAAGUAGGCACGGUCCCUUCGAGCAGCGGCGGCAUGCCUGGCAUGUCCGCAGCUGGCUCUCAAGGCUGAACGUUUCCCACAGGUCCCCCUUUUUUAUUUUUUAAUUUUUGUUGCAAAAUAAUUCCAUGAAGCUUAGUGCUGAGAGUAGUAUAUUGUUGCAUGAGGUUACGAAACAGACAUGAGAAGAUUAUUAUCAAUAAUAGGCAAAUUAUGGCCAGGGUAAUAAAUCCUGACAACCCUCCAGUAAUCCAAGACUGAGGGUUUAACCACUUUAAAUGAUCCAGUAAAGUUUGAAUUACAUCUUCUGGCGAAAUGUCAAGAUGUGCAUUUUGCAUAUCCUGAAUUUCAGCAUUUAACUUUUUAAGAUCAAGACUAAUAUUAUUAUCUGACCAAACACUCAGCAGAUGCAUUGUUACUUUCUCUCAUUCCCAAAUAGAGUCAUUAUACUUAUAAGGAGUAACACAAAUCCAUGUAUACUUUGCAUGACAAGCUAAACGCAUCCUCAAUUUUAAUGCUGCCAUCUGAUCUCCUCUCCUUUUUCUUUUUCUGAAUCAACACUCAAAUUUUCGUGAGAGUUGCAGAGCUUCUUCAACUUCUACACUUGUUGUGAGCUGUGGCGAGCCAUCUAUUUGCUAGCCAUCAACCUCUCCCCUGCAGAAUGGCCAAAUUUAUCAACAGUGAGAAAAUUUAAAAUAAACAAAGCAUGAUUUUUAAGGUUA